GUGACAUGACGGCAUUUCUACCUCCCAAUCUUCUGGCGCUUUUCGAAGCACGACCACCAGUGCAAUAUCUUCCACCAUGCCAGGACCUACUAGUGGACAAAAAUGCUAAAAGGGCUCCGAUGACUGGAGUUGCUCAAUAUAUUCAAUUAUUUGAGGAUCCGAAAGAUACUCCAGCAAAAAUCCCAGUAGUAACAAAAGCUGAAGCAAAAGAAGAAAAAAGACGACAAAAAGAUGAAUUGUUAGCAUAUAAAGUAGAACAAGGAAUCGCCACGUGGAAUCCAGCUGAGAAUCCAAGAGCUUCGGAGGAUCCAUAUCGCACUCUAUUCGUUGGACGAAUUAACUAUGAAACGUCUGAAAGCAAGUUGAGACGAGAAUUCGAAGCGUAUGGUAAAAUUAAAAAGUUAACAAUGGUCCACGACGAGGCAGGAAAACCACGUGGUUACGCGUUUAUCGAAUACAGUGACAAGGCUGAGAUGCAUACCGCUUACAAAAAAGCUGACGGAAUCAAAGUUGAUGGUAAACGUCUAGUUGUCGACUAUGAAAGAGGUCGUACUCAGAAGACAUGGUUGCCUAGAAGACUUGGCGGUGGAAAAGGAGAUACUCGUAAAACUCGCGAAGCUAAAUCAGUCAUUGAAGAACGUGAAAUUGCGUCUGGAUUUGGAGGUGGGUACGAGGAUCGAGAUAGAGAAAGAAGUGGUAGUCGGGAUAGACGUCAAGAUUCUUACCGUAAUGGUGGAGGAAAUGAUCGUGAUCGACGAGAAUCAUCGGGCGGAUUUAGAGAUAAUCGCGGUGGAGGUGGCGGAUUCGGUGGAGGAGGCCGUGAUCGUUUCAAUGAUCGAAGUGGUGGUGGUGGAUACGGAGGUGAUCGUGAUAGAGGAGGUGAUAGAGGAGGUGACCGUGGAGGAAGCCGAUACAGUACAGGUGGAGGAUCCGGUGGUGGAUAUCGAAGCGGUGGUGGAAGUAGCGGAGGUGGUGGUGGAGGUCGAUAUGGUGAUCGCCGUUGAUUCUGAAACCAAAGGCCUUGUGGAUUUUCCUCGCUUUUAUGUUUGUUUUGUAUCCUUCGAUCUGAAAUUUACCGAUUUUUCCUUCUGCUUUCUAUCUCGUCCUCUCAAAUCAUUUUGUAUUCCUAAACACUUUUUCAAACCUGAACGGUAUCUUCUAAUUUAUAUUUUUAAGUUAUUGACUUUUUUCUGCUCAGAAGUUCAACUAUUCGAGGGCAGAUUCUAAUAAAGCUUCAAUUGCAAU